AUGCGCCUCGCAUUCGCCUUCCAUUCAGAAUGGUAGUGGCUUAUUGGUUGCGGCGGAGCGGCCCGAGGAGAACGUCAACGAGAAGUCGACGGAGGCUGGCCACCGAGAAUGGCAGCCUAGCUCUUUCUUUCUCUCUGGAAGGUAAAACCCUGGAGAAGAAGUGCCCCUUGAGACGAUACCAAAGGCAUGACCUAUCGGUAUCAUCAGUGUGCUAUCAAGUAGGUAACCUAAGCAUUGCUAUUGGCGCGGUGCGCCUUUUUAUCCCAUACCUUAAUCGUACUCGUAAUGUAAAUCAACGAUAUGGUAUCUGGGCACCGCCCAUAUCUAUGCGUAUAUAA